AAAAAAAUUUAGCUUCCAUCUUGCCAGAGAUUCUGUCUGCAUACUUGGUUUAAGGUCCGUCUUGGACUUGCCGCCUUAUUGUGGUUGGUAUGGCCUCCAAAUUAUACAAAAUGUCUGUUUUUCUUAGGUGACGGAAAAUAUAAUCCACAUUAAACAGGCUUCUGUUUUUCUCGCAUUUCCACCCCAAAUCACAAGUGAAAUAAGAACUGGAAUUUUCUACUUUUAUCUCAAUCACAAUUUGCUUGAAGCGCAUUUUGUCCAUCUUACAAACUGAUGAGUCAAAUAACCACACACUAUUUCAUGAUACUUUAAAGAUUCCAUGAUAGCCCAAAAACCUAAUUUGAUGUGAACCGUAAGGGCCCUUAGUAAUUAUGUCAUGGUGGCGGUGUUUUAGAAGCAAAUAAUAACCAUGAUGCUUGCAAUUUCUUUUUCUGGGGAGGGAAGGAGGGCUGUAGUAUAUCGUAGUGGCCCUCAACCCUUUCUAUGCUGACCUGAGAAUGUGUGCACCACCAAAAUGUUGGUUCUUUCCCAUUGGUUUCUCAUGAGUGUCCUAUGUUUCCAUCACCUUUGCUGUAGUUCGGUUUGAUUUGAUUUGAUCAGCUCCCAAAUCAAGCUCUUCAUAGCCAAUACCAGAUUGGAUCAGUCCAAAUCAACAUUGGUUGAUUUUCCAUAGUAAAGUUAACAAUCUGGAUCCCUCCAUCCAUAAUAGUUGCAGAAGAUGGACGGUUCUGAUUAUCCGUCCAUCUCUGCAUGUGGAAGUAACCUUGUGCCUAGGAAUUGGCAAGAUAAAGGAAAGGAAUAUUAAUUUACUCAGAAAAUGGUGGUGGAGAUUUGGCAGGGAGAACAAUGCUUUUUGGCGCAGCGAUGGUGUGGAGAAAUACAGUGAGUCAGAUAGGGGCUGGAAGCAAAGUAUCAGAAGCAGGACAGCUCUCUCAAAAAUGUGGAAAGUAAUCAUGGCUUUGGGUGAUCAGCCAAAGCAUUGGGGCAAAAUGUUGGAGGGAAGUUUUUGUUUCAUCGUAAACAGUGGUGAAUCAAUCUGCUUUUGGGAAGAUGAAUGGGCCAAUGAUUGUUCACUGGCCACAAAAUUCUCAAGGCUUUUCAGAAUCCCUUGCACAACAAGGGAGCUUUAGUGAGAGAAAGUCUUGAGCAUCAUGGACACAAAUACAUGUGGAUCAUCACCCAUACAAGGAAUCUCAAGGAGUUAGAGAUGGAAGAUCUCAAUGCCUUACUAAAUUUGUUGGAAGAGAUGCAUCUCAGUUAUCAAGUCGAGGAUAUUAGAUUCUGGAAGAUGGGAUCAUUGGGUAUGUUCUUAGCGAACUUUCUGAAUUUACAAACAUGUGGUAAGUUCCAUUUUUCUUUACCGUCAUGGAUAUAAAAAGCACCUCCAAGCUAUCCUCGAAAAGGUGUUUCCAAUUGGGAAGAUGAAACAUGGGUAUUCCCAUGCCGAGCAGGUGCGUUAUGUGAGAAUCCAGUGAAGAGGAUGGCAAGCAUCCAUUCAUUUACUGUUCAAUUGCUUCUGAUAUUUGGAGUCGGCGAGUCGCAUCCAAUCGGACCUUCACAUGGCUUGGUUUUUUACCAGUCUAUUGAAGCAAAGGCCUGUUUUAUCAUAAGGGGAAAGUCCAUUGAAACCUCCUCUCUCUUGCUAUCUGUUGGGAGAUUUGUAAGGAAAGAAACAACAUGACUUCAACGAUUAGCAACAACUUACAGAGUCGAUAAUAGACAAAGUAAAAGGUUUCGUUUUUGAGUGGGCCUCAGUUUCUAUGGAUUUCAAUGGCUUUUGGUGUCUGAAAUUGGCAGAGUGGUCCUGCCUAGCAUCAGCUUCUCUUUCAGAUUCUAGGCCUCCCGCAGUGUGGUCCCCUCCUAGUGGAUGUUCAAACCGAAUAUUUGUUAGCUGAUGGGUUCUCGUGGCAAGGCAAGGUUUGGAGCUCUCAGAGACCAGGGGAAGAGUGGUCUAUUAUGCUUUUUCUGGGCCAUUUAUUCUCUGCCAUUCUGCACAUGUUGAAGUGAUUGCAUUGCAAGUGUCUUCGCCUCCAGUUGUCGUUGGCAUUAAUCCCCACAAUCAUUGAAGGACAUACUGAAAUUGUUCUUCAGUGGACUCUUGACGAACCAUGGGUGUUCUGCUGCAUCUUUAAUCAGAUUAGAUCCUUAACCUCUAGAUUAAAUAUUUCAUUUAAUCUUGUUAGUAAGGAGUCUAAUGAUGUAGCUGUCAGUCUUGCACUUCAAGGCCCUAGCAGUCCUGACCUUUGUAGUGGGACUAUGGUCUCCUUCUGAUUCCAUCUUAAUAAACUGCGGUUAGCUGCUAAAAGUAAAGAAAAGUAAAGUAAAAAAGAAAAAAGAAGAAGAAGAAGGAAAGAAAGAAAAGUAUCCUUGUAGCUCAAUUCAUUUGUGAAAGCGUAAGUGUGAGAAUAUACAUGAGUCUUUCUUUUGCAGGCUUUGAGGUAGUUGGAGUGGUGACAGCUGUGGGACCUGGACUGACCGGCAUGAAAGUGGGGGAUAUCAUUGCUAAUGCAGGAAACCUAAUGGGAUCUUACGCUCAAGAACAGAUCCUUCCUGCGAGUGCUGCGGUCCCUGUUCCACCUUCUAUCGAUCCAAUUGUCGCAGCAUCCAUCAUGCUUAAGGGUAUGACAGCACAGUUCCUCGUUCGCCGAUGCUUCAAGGUUGAACCCGGGCACACCGUCCUUGUCCAUGCAGCAGCUGGAGGUGUUGGCUCUCUACUCUGCCAGUGGGCACAUGCCCUUGGUGCCACUGUCAUUGGUACCGUGUCAACCGAAGCUAAAGCAGCUCAAGCAUCUAAGGAUGGAUGCCACCAUGUCAUAAUCUACAGCCAAGAGGACUUUGUCAGCAGGGUCGAUCAGAUAACGUCCGGUGAAGGAGUCAACGUGGUCUAUGAUUCUGUCGGGAAAGACACAUUCCAGGGAUCGUUGGCAUGCUUGAAGACUCGCGGAUACAUGGUGAACUUCGGGCAGUCAUCUGGUAUGCCAGACCCAGUUCCGUUGUCCGCCCUCGCUGCCAAAUCCUUGUUCCUGACGAGGCCCUCACUCAUGCAAUACACUGCAACUCGAAAGGAGCUGCUGGAAGCUGCGGGAGAAGUGUUUGCCAGCUUCGCGUCAGGUAUGCUAAAGGUCCAUGUUAACCACACCUACCCUCUGUCUCAAGCCGCGCAGGCUCAUGCAGACCUCGAGGCAAGGAAAACCACUGGUUCUGUGGUGUUGAUACCAGAUUCUGACUGAUAUAUGUUGCAAACCCGAGGUGUUUGGAAGAAACUAAAAUGGUCUUUUAAUAGAUAUAAUUUGAACUUGGAGAGUGAAAAUUUUGGUGAAUGCAUGCACGUAAUGCAGGUUUGGAUGAA